AUGUCUCCUCUGCGGUUGCCGUAUCCCAGCUGGGACCCCAUGGCCAGCGCCCUCGCGGUGCUGCCGCAAGACGUCACGGGUUGGACGGCCUUCGUUGCCCAUGUCAACGACAUAUUUCUACCCAUGAUCUUCCACGACGGCCUGGUGCCACCUGCUGAGCUCAUAUCCAUCUGUACAGGAGUACGCCGAGCGAGUGCUACAUUCUUGGUCCCUGGUGGAGUUCAGGCCUUGGUCGUGAUCAUACCCGACUAUAGUGUUGAUCCGCUGCCGACUCGGGAAGAUGGUCAGCCUCAAGCGACCGCGGCGUCUGUCGAUAGCGUGACUCCUGCGGAUCCCUUCCUUGCUGAAUAUAGUUCCUUCCAGCAGAUGACUUCCGUGGAGCGCACUAUCGCCGCUGGCACAAGCCGCUCUCGCUUUCCUGGUUUUUGUAAACCUUGUCAGCUUGGUCUGGUCUUGGUCGCCGCUGACGACGCCUUGACUCGACCGGAUACAACGGACAGCCUCCUAUUCGUCCUUCGGUCGGACAACCCCACUGUGAGCCCGACCUCUCCUCUGGACUUGUCCACAGAGUUCACUCUGGACGAAGUUGAUGUCCACGAGUACUCCUUCCGGUGGUGGCAUAGUACCAACACCUCUACCGGCUCGGCUGGUCUGGCUCGAAUGCUGUGGUGGCCAGUAAGAAUCUCGCUGAGCAACCGUCGACCUAAUGAGCGUGUGGUGACCAUGUCCCGUGUGGCACUGCAGGCGACGGUUAUAGUCCUUCUCUUCAUGUAUGCCACCAUCACAGCCAUGCAGCUCACGUGGUAUUUGGGCAUAUCGCCGGUGGUCUUUGUGGUCCAGCUCAUGGUCCCUCCCCUGGGAGACCUCCUAGCUCUGACCCUCGGGGCCGUAUGGGUGGUGUUGUCCUAUACGCCUUGGGCACGAUGGUUCGUCUGUUUCGUAGUGGCCACCCUUGUCAACAGCCUCACUGGCUUGACCAUCCGCUUCGCUCUGGCAUCGACAGGGUCCUCCGUGGUCGUUCUGGUGACCCUAACAGUCGAGUACCUCAUCGUCACAGCAGUGAAAGUGUGCCUGUGUGUAACAAGCAACAUGCUUCUGGCUCACCACAUGAACCAGUCCACGGCCAUUCUGAGGCCGUCCACCCCGACGACCAGGGAGCCACUAGAUGUGCCCGACAGCCGCUCGCCUCCUACCCAAUACAUCCAUUUCCCUACUCGAGAUUCACGAGUGUCUCCGCCGUUGAGGUUGAACAGCCGGGCGGCGGUCUCUCGGUCCAUCGUGACGGAGAUGCGAGGAACAGCUGAGAGGCCCUUCUAG